AUGGAUAUUGAGAUGGAUACUGGGAAAUCGCCGGCAUCGGUCCAGAGCGGCACUAGGAGUCCCGCUUAUAGCUUCGUGGCGCCAUCCCGGAGUGUAAAACGACCACGUCCCGUCAAGAGCUGUUUGGAGUGUCGGAAAAGGAAGUUGAGAUGUGACCGAGCCUCGCCGUGUUCCCAGUGCCAGAAGACGCAGCGCAUAUGUCGGUAUGCGGCCGAAGGUGAAGUAGUAAGCUUAAGCGAUGGUUCGGAUGGCGAGGCACCCGAGAGGAAUACCAAGCGGACCCGUCCCGCAGCAAGUCAGGAAUCCGGCCAGCGCGAUACUAGCUACGAAGCCGUUCUCGAAGAUCAUGCAGUAAGGCUUGAGCGUCUAGAAGGGAGAUUACUUUCGAGAACUUCCUCUCUUGCCGAGUCCAGUAGCAUCCCGGCGCAACGCCCCGCGGCGUCGUCUCUUACGAUUCGCGGCUUGACGGUGAAAGGAGGUCUACGAACGCGGUUCUUUGGCCAAAGCAGCACACGGGUUCUUGUCAACCUGUUUGACGAAGCAAAGGAUUUCAUGUUUAGUAGGAAUAAAUCCAGCGACAUCAAGGAAUUAUUCCUAAACGUCCAGAAGAUACACAAGGCUCUUCAGGAUGAACAUCGAAAAGUUACUGCUCCUAUUACUGUGUUUGUGGACUCGAUGACGCCGAUCCAGAAGCGAAUGGCCGAUGUUUUACCAAGUAGAACAGUCUGCGACACUCUCCUCGGUAUCUACUUAAAAGGAUCCGAAACCAUCUAUCGUGUUCUACAUAUUCCCUCUUUUAUGAAACAGUAUGACGAAUACUGGGAGGGUAAACCUCAACAUGAUGCUUUUCUACCACAGCUGCUCUCGAUCUUAUGCGUGGGGUACCGAAACCUCAAUGACGAAGAUAUCCAUCCCGAUAUAGAACAGCUCCCUCCCCCGAAGCCGAUCGACCAAGAUACCGAUUCCCGUGUCCAGGUGUUCGCUGCUAACACCCUGUCUAUGCGGUUUAGGGUUGUAGAUUUAAUCAACCGUACCGAUAGUCUUCAGGACUAUCAGCAGGUCCUGGACCUCGGUAAUGAACUUGAACGAGUCUUUGAGGACAUAAGAUAUAUGGUCCCAACAACACACUCGAACGAUAUGUCAGAGGUUCGGCGACGAUGGAUGACACGAGUCGUCUUAGAUAUGCACUGUCGUCGACCGCUAUUAGCGUUGUACCGGCCCUUCGCAUUGGGAAGCACGGAUGUCCCCCAGCAGAUCGUGACAGGAUAUCUAAGAUCGUCAAUGGUAUUGCUUUCGUACUUGGACGAAUUGGAUCCCGCUUCCCCUGAUUAUCAUCGUAUUUGGCACCUGCACCAACUAGUGCUUAAACAAGAAAUUCUUCAGGCUGCUUUUAGCAUAUGCUAUUACAUCAAACAAGCUACCAGCAGCUCCGCUUCGCCGGCGCCGUCAGAUCUAGAUUCAAAUACCAAGGUAGAGUCUAUCGAGGAAGCGUAUGCCGUUGCCUCCGAGAGUUCGCUCUUGCUAUCUCUUCCGCGGCUCAAGAACGCCGUACAAACCGUGUUAGAUACGCAAAUUAAAAGGAUACGAGAGAUCGGGACGGACUUGAGGGAUAUAGUAUCGCUUACCGUCGUGUUCAACACCUGUCAGGGCGGAACUCCAGAACAGAAGCGAGACGCUAUCACAAACGGCUUGCAGGCAAUCCUUGAUGCUGGCCUACAAGCGAUACACGCAAACCAGGAAAAUAUUGCUUCGAUGCCGAUUAUGCCGCCGACGGUACCAAUGCAAAUGAAUGGAAUGCAAGCGGAUUCGGGCUUCAUGAGCCACAUGCAGCCUUUUAUGACGGCGCCGGAUGCCCUUAAUUCUUUGCCGGACGACUUUGCUGCGAUGUGGGAUAUGGAGUUCUGGACUCCCGUACUUCAACCCGGGCCUCCUUGA